CGUUCCUCAAAUUCGCAGCCACACCCCUGACUGCGUGUGUGUGUUUUGCAUUCGGCCAACGGGAAUCCAUUUCACAGUUGAGCCCAACCAUUUUAUACAAUCCUAACAUUCUUCUGUGGUUUGUUGUUCCACAAGCACGCACGCAGGUGAGCACAGUGAGACGGAUCAAAUAAAGGUUAAUACUCUGUCCAGGAAGCGUCUGGCCCCGCAUCCUGUAGCUGCAGCUGUUGCCCCGAGGCGGCCCGAUUGACGGCAGGAGUGGAGAGAUGGAAAGAACGAUGCUCUGAGGUUGACGUGAGGCCCAGACAGAUGGACAGGAUGGACAACGCAGCCUGAUGAAGUCUGGCAGGUGGGACGGACAUGCCCAGCCCUCCUUUUUGUAGGCGUGUCGUUCCCACUGCAGAGUGCCUGAGACUCACUUCUGCAGCAGAAGAUGCAGAAGAAGUGCGAUGGCGGGACAUCUGCGCCGUGAGGCCACUCUUCCAACCUAAGACGGAUGCAAAAUGGACCCUAGGAGCACGAAAAGCAUCAAGAGAAGGAGGGGUUGUCACUCUGACGGACGGUGGAGGUGCGCUUAUGUUCUGCUCCAAGUCCUUGGACUGUCCUUUUUGGGAUCUGCUCCAGUCCCAGCGUUUGGUUACUUCCUGGGAGACACCAAGGCGGUGCUGGACGGUUGCGAAGACCACUGGACCCUGCAGGACGGCACGUCUAUGCCCGUCUUGUUGCAGAUGAGCGUGUGCCUGGACGUGCGAGUGCUCUCCUCCGGAGACUGGGUGGCCUUCUCCUACAGUUCGGUGCACGCGCCCAGGCCUGAGCUGGGUCUGGAGGGCAACGAGGGAGCGGUGUACGGAUGGCUGCUGGGGGUGCGGCACCGCUUCCCCGUCAGUCUGUCCCUAGCUCGCUGGCACACCGUAUGCUUGAGGAGAGACGUCCCCGGAAACUCUUUUAGUCUGGAGCUUAACGGCCGCCUGGUGGCCAAGCGGACGGUCAUCGCUCAGGCUGUCCCGCCCUCGGGGUCACUGUGGCUGGGCUGUCGCCCCCGGCGGCAGCCGCGCGGUGCGGCGCACGGCCAGGUGGAGGUCUACAUGUUCCGCGUGUGGGCCGACCUAGCUCAGCGCGGCCCCUGCGAGGACGGCACCGUGAUUGGCUGGAGCGCUCGCUUCUGGGGCGUGACCAGCCCCAGGGCUCGGGAGACGGACCACAACCUCCAUUGUGCGCAAAUACCUGAAUUUGGACCCUCUUUCUCCCCUCCACCCGUUUCAACAUCCAUUGACAGCCACCCUCAGAGUGAGAUUCUGCCAGUCACAGUGACCUCUAGUGGCCACGGGGAAAAAACCUCUUCAAGCACACCCAGUCCACCGGUGACGCCACCUCCUAGUGCCACGACGUCGUUGGACAUCAACGUCGCUUUCGCCAUGACUACCAGUGACUCCACACCCAUCAUCAGAUCUCUGCCUCAAAGUUUAGCCCCACCCACUGACCACAGCCCAGCCAAUCACAUCUCAAGUAGCACCGUAACGCCUCAUGAAAUGUCAAACUACACAAUGCGUGCGACAGCUGACUCAUUACUACCCUCUGCUAGCAAUGCACUUAAUGUAACUACAAUAAGCGUCACCACUCACCACAUCAAAGACACGUCACAUUCCAACUUAACUACGACUUCCUCUCCAUCUGACUACAACGUAACUACACACCCCAAAGGAUCUAUACAUCUUCCAAAUGACACAAUGGUCAACACAACAAGUCGCACUUUGAUACCGUCUACUAAUCCUGUCGAAAAUAUAACUACCGGGAGUGAAAUAACACUCCAAAACACCCCAAAGUCCCACUCAACUAUGUCUCACUACAGUGUAACGACACGUAAAGCUUUCUCGCAUCUUCCAAAUAACACAACUUUUUCAGAUUUUUCCCAACCUAACAACACACUUGAGCACGAUGCAACGACAAUAAGUGGAAUCACACUCCUCAUCAAAAACACGUCACGAUACAACGCGGCUUCCUCAACACCAGGCUACAAUGUAACAGAAUCAACGUUACGCAACAUUACAUCUGAUUUGUUACAACCACUCGAGAAUAAUGUUGCUACGGAAAGCCUUCUUAUCAAAGACACGUCGCCAUACAACUUAACUUCCUGGACACCAAUUGCCAAUGUAAGUGAAAGUAAAGCAAAUGGCCCGGCAGUCACAGUGGCCGACACGUCGAUUUCCACGGACGCACUCAACCGCAAUGUGAUGACAAACCCACAUUCUGGUUCUCGCGGUCCGACAACAUCCAACAACGUGACGGAAGGCAGCGACCGGACUGCGGAGGCCACCGGUGAAACGAUUGUUUCCAUAACAAGCAGCAAUCACGAGGCCACACCUACAGAAUCGACACGCAACGAUUCCCAAGCCCGAGUGGAUUUAAGUACGAGACUUGGAGUCUCCCGUGAACUUUUCGCCACCACGACUACAGCAGAGACGCUUCAAACUACAAACGUCGGUCUAGAGUCUUCCUCAUCUGGUAUCGGAAAGACUACCACAUUGUCUUCGGGCACCAAGAAGAACCUGGAGGAGCGAGCCGACAAACUUCUUGAAAGCACCUGGGAUGUAUCUCAGCUCAACUCUUCACAGGUGGCGAGGUUGGUGGCGGAGCUGGAGAAGCUUCUGGAUGCUCCCGGCGUGUCUCAAGCUUUGGCCAAGAAAGUUGUCGGCAUCAUCAGCAACCUGAUGGAGGGCAACACCCUUGCCCUUGCCCCGUCCUCCAACAGGAUCAUCAGAGUGGUGGAGGACUUGGGUCUCAAGCUACUUGUGAGCGACACCCCUGCAGUUCUCUCGUCCAACUCGCUGGUUCUGGCCGUCCGUAAAGUGGAAGCAGACGACUUUCCGGAGAUGUCCGUCGACAUCUUCAACACCGAGCACGUUCAGAUGAGCGACGGCGGGGGCGGGACCAGGAAGCGGGACUCCACCUUGGCUUCCGUGUACCUCCCGCGUUCCAUCACGGACAACUUGAGCGGUGACGAGCGCAAACAGGUCGACAGGGUCCAGUUCACCUUCUACACUAAAGCCAUUCUAUUCCAGGACGACACACUGACCAAGCAGACCGCCGUCAGUCCGGUGUUAGCGUCCAGCGUGAGCAACGUGUCCAUCGGCAACCUCACGGACAAGAUUCGCUUCACCGUUCGCAACAGCCGAGCGAUGCAUGCUAACAACGAGGCCGUCUGCUGCUUUUGGGACUUUGCCCUGAACGGCGGCGCGGGUGGCUGGAGCUCGGCCGGCUGCUCGCUGGUGAGCGCCACGUCGUGGACGACCACGUGCGCCUGCAACCACCUGACUUCCUUCGCCGUCCUGCUGGAUCUAUCCAGAAGCGGGCUGGAUGACCCCCGGCAGGCUCAGAUUCUCACUUUCAUCACGUACAUUGGCUGCGGCGUUUCAGCCAUUUUUCUGGCCGCCACUUUGCUGACGUACCUUUCGUUUGGGAAGUUGCUGCGCGACAUUCCGGCCAAGAUCCUGGUGCAGCUUUGCUUUUCCCUGCUCCUGCUCAACCUGGCGUAUCUGCUGGACGGCUGGCUGGCGACGUAUCCGUACGGCGGCCUUUGCAUCGGCGCCGCUUUCUUCCUGCACUACUUCCUGCUCACCUCCUUCACCUGGGCGGGGCUGGAGGCCCUGCACAUGUACCUGAGCAUCGUGCGGGUCUUCACGCCUUACCUCAGCAGAUACAUGCUCAAGUUCUCGCUCAUUGGCUGGGGGGUUCCGGCUGCGGUGGUGGUGGUGGUGAUCUCGGUGGACAAAGACAAUUAUGGCCCGCUUGUAUAUGGCCGUGACGCGGAUGGCUCUUCUGGGGACUUCUGCUGGCUGCGCAGCGACGCGGCCUUCUAUGCGGGUGUGGCAGCCUACUUCCUCCUAGUGCUGGCCUCCUGCUUGUUGGUCUUCGGCGUGGUCAUGGCGCAGCUGCGGCGCAUCAAGAAGCAGAACCCGCAGCACCGGUCGCCGCAGCGUGGGCCGGCGGCCGACCUGCGUAGUGUGGCCGGUCUGGUAGCGCUUCUGGGCCUGGCCUGGGGCUUCGCACUCUUCGCCUGGGGCCCGCUGCGCUUGCCUUUCGUCUACCUCUUCAGCAUUUUCAACUCUUUGCAAGGUUUUUUUCUCUUUGUGUUCCACUGUGCCUGUAAGGAAAACGUCCGCAGGCAGUGGCGAACCUUCCUGUGCUGCGGGAAUCUGCGAUUGGCUGAAAACUCAGACUGGAGUCGAACCGCCGCUCGGGACAAGCGGAACUUUUCCGUGAGCACGUCAGGGGUCUCGAGCCGCCGGCCGGCCUCUCGGAGCUCCUCGCUCGCCAGCACCAACGCCAGCGGGUCGGUGUUUGCGGACAGUGGGGUGUCUGAGGUAUCCAGCGGCGACGUGGUCCUCAACGAGCUCCACAGACAAACUGUCCUAUUUUAAGACAUCCAAUUGUUAGUGUGCAGUCAUUCAGCUUCCUCUUCUCUGCAAUUGCAGACCUUUCCACUAGGUGGCAGUGUAAAAGUCAAAGGCUCAACCAAUGGGCUUCCUCCAGCCACUCGUGGCUGUGCAAGUGUGGCUUGUUGUGUUGUCACUUGGCUAGUUUUAAAGUGCCGGAUUUGCUUGUCCGUUUGUUUGGUUUUGCAAAGUCUCACCCUCGCCCAAAUGUCAGUGAACUUUGAACUUUGGACACCUCGCCUUCAUCAAAUGUUUUACGCUCAUUAUUCAGUCAUUCAUAUCAUUAGUUCAGCGAUUCAUUUAAAAACACAUUUCUAAUAUAGAUCAUUUGAAAUUUGCAAUCUACUCUAUGUGUUUAUUUGUGUGAGACGAGUUUGAUAUCUUUCCAGAUUCAAAAAUAAA